AUCGCAGUCUUCUUCAGCUCCUCGCAACUCUGCUCACUGCUGGGCAGCCUCAGCGCUUGGUUCCCCAUCAAAAUCAAAACACGAAAAAGCCACUUUCAUCCCCAUCGAUCUCAACAUCGGAUUAGUCAUCUUGUGUCGUGCGCUUCCAGAAAACCCAAUGGUAGUGAUAAAAAUGUUCGAUCGCUCGAAGGAAAUCGGUGAAAAGUGAAAAUUCUCCAAAGUAGGAAGUGAAGGUCUGAGCUAAAUACAAAAGGUGGUGGGAAUCCGCCCUCCGUUUCUUUUCGUAUCUGGCUUUUUUUUGUGUGUUUGCUUGUGCGUCUCAAGGCCACCCACUAUAAAAAAAUAAUAGCAACAACAACAGCGGCUAAGCACUGGCAGGGAUCGUCUCGUGAUGGUUGGGAUGAGCAAUUUUACGCUGGAUCCUGCCAUCAUCGGCGUCGGCGGUGGCAAAAAGUAUGAAAUCGAGCGCAAGACCCUGAUGGACGAGCUGAUGGCCGUGGUGAAGGAGUGCCAGAAAAAGUAUGGCGGCAAGACGGAACUGGCGACGGAAAGUGAUUCAAGGAUUAUUUUGCUCUGUGAUACUUGGGAAAGGGUGCUAUCGCAUGGACUGAAAUCGAGCGGUUCGAUGCUGAAGAAUGUGGCGGAUUUCAUGGCCGGUGGUAGUCUGGAAGUACCAGUGCUGUGGGAUUUUGCGUUCAAACACUUGACGAACCAUGAGAAGGAACGGUUUUCAGCGUUGCGUCACGUUUGGACAAACUGCGGAAAGGGAAAGUCGCUGCUGCGGGCGAUCCUCAACGAAAGGGCCCUCGAGCGGUACAUUUUGAUUUGGCUCGGGGAAGAGAGUAUCCUUGCGGAAAGCUACGAAAGUUGGGCCCUGAUGAGGGAUGGAGAAAUCAUCGGUUUGCUUCCGGACAUGGCGGCUGGGUUGAGUACGAUUUUGUUUGCCAUCUCGAUUGACAGCCCGGAAUUGAAUGCCCCGACGCGGGUUGUACCGGAGAAAGUGGAACCGAUCAUAGCGACACAGCCUCCGGCGGGUCCUGCCCGGAAAGUGAACGUCGUUCAACGGGAAAUCUUGGACGAAGUCCCCGCGCAACCGAUUCUGAAUCUAUCCUCGUCGCCAGGUACAUCGCAACUGCCAAGGCGAACGGCCAGCAUCGAUAUUAUCCGGGAGUACACCCACGUAGGAACCGGUCAGUCGCAGCGACAGGAAGGGGCGUACUCGGUGGAGGAUGCCCUGAACAGUCUCUCUAUUGCACGUAAGGCAAGCCGAGAAUCGAAACCGGCGGCGAACGCCGGUGUCAGCCCGGACAAUGCGAUGGAAGCAUCGGAAGACAGUAUCAUAGGGAAUUAUUCGUUGGAUACGUCCACCGCGACGACAACGGCCACGGAGUCCAACUCCUCGAGCACGACCGUGUCCGGGUCGGAUGCGUCCGGUCAGGAACUGGGGACCGAGGACGACUCGGUGCUCUCGGGACGGCAGGCGGAGAUGGUGGAUAAACUGAAACGCAAACUGAUGGAUUCGGACGAGCGCUGCCAAAUGCUGGAGGCGCGAGUUGCUGAGCUGAGCUUGGAAAACCACCGGCUCCGGAUGCUGACCCGCUCGAAUCGCCUUUCGUUGAUGCAUUUCCAGAUCAGUAUCCCGAAGGCGAUCCUUCGGACGCCGGUGAGCGGUCGCCGGCGGGAGCACUACUGCUACGAAAUCCGGAUAUCGCCCUCGGCCAACGGAUCCAGCGGCGAGUCGUGGUCCGUCUUCCGACGGUACAGCGAAUUCUACCGGCUUCACAAGCGCCUCCAGAAGGAGUAUCCCAGCGUAAAAUCGUUGGACUUUCCACCAAAGAAGAAGAUCGGCAAUAUGAACGCCCAGUUCGUGGAACAACGGCGCCAGCGGUUGCAGGUCUAUCUCAAUAGCCUGUUCAUAACGACGCUACCGGAGGUGUCCGCCUGCAAUACGCGAUCGCAGCUGGAACGAGCGUUUCCGUUCCUGCGCGAUGCGGUUCUCUAAUCGUGACAGAGAAUGCCAAGGAUUCAUGUGCUCUCCCAAUCAGCGACUCCGAAGAGAGCGCGGAGAAUUCUUCUAUUAUUUUCGCAGGCUGAAAGUUAGAUUGAUAUUAUUGUGUAGUAGUACCUAUCGGUGAUUAUGAUAUCGUGUCGUGAUUUAUAUCGUUUAGAAGAUACGUUUCGGCCCAUGUCCAGCCCAUGGAACAAACGGUAAGUUCUUUGUCGGCGACGGAGUGGAAACUUUUUUCAUGUUUAGAUGUGUUAACUAGUUAAUCAAGCAACCUUUUGAAGAAUAAAACGUAGGAUAUUUGUAUGAACUCUGUACUGAACAACAUUGGCUAUGAA